AUGGCGGGAAUUUUAAAACGCGAACCUUUGCUUGAUGGUAGAGUUGCGGAUAAUUUUGGAUAUGUAAAUUCUGUUGAUGAGGCGUAUAAACUCAUUGCGGAAUUCGAAACAGGAUCGACGACGAAGUUUUCUUCCUUGAAGGCUGACAGAGGUUUCGGAAACACUGAUCACUCGAACAGAAGUCACAAAAUACUCUGGGAAGAUCCACUAGACAUUAAAGGUGCAAAAAUUCCUUUUACUGGUGUGCCUUUCAUAAUUUUGGGAAGGAAAGUGUUCGAUUGUCGGCACGGCAAAGAUAGAGAAGCUGGAGAGAAAAGGAAACGAAAAGAUGCAGAAGAGAAGGCUUGUCACAAAGAUUUCGUGUUCAAGAAAAGAUUUCUCGUUCAAGACACACGGAAGUUUGACUGCAAAGCACAGAUAAAAAUGCGAGAAAUUUUAUUUUUUGCACAGCACAAGUAUGAAAAAAGGAUUUACAUUGAACUACCUCUCAUUACAGACCUUCAGAAUCACUUUGUUGGCGAGGUAACUCAGUGUUCCACACGAAUUAAUGCCACGGCCAAUGAAAAAAAGUACACGACGGGCAAGCCGGUCAAAGUGGUUGCUGGAAUAUCUCAACCCCUUGAUGAGAAGAUCAUCAAGAGAAUCCACGAGCUCACUGCGGAGGGAGUCAAGGAAAUAUAUGAAAUGAGACGGCAUUUAAAAAUCUUCGUGAAAGAGGUCUUGUUUCGAGAUGAUCAGCAACCACAAGACACAAACGGCCGAUACUUCCCAAGGACAUCUGACCUGCGCACGCACAUGUAUCGAGCUACGGUCAAAAACCGCAUGUCAAGAAUUGAUCAGGCAAAUGUACACAUGAAGACAGAUGAGUGGAUAAAAGUUUACAACGCUGAUUCCUUUUACUUUCGUCCUCACUCAGAACAAGUAGACACGCCUAUGGAGGUUCCAGUCUGGUCUGAAAAUGAAAAAGAAGAUGAGUUGGAUGAGGAAGUACGUCUCACUCAAGAGGGGGGAGAACAAAGCAAGAAAUUGUUAUUUGUGCAUCAAACAGCAUGGCAAAAGCGACUCCUUCGCCUGUAUCGCAACCACAUCUGCCUUCUUGACGCUACGUACAAGACAACGCGAUACGCACUACCUCUGUUUUUUCUGGCGGUAAAAACUAAUGUUGAUUACCAGGUGGUAGGGUCCUUCGUGACUGAAGAUGAAACUGUGUGUUCAAUAAGAUGGGUCUGGGCUUUUCGGAAAGAUCGUCUCCAAGUAGCUGUCAACACCAACAACGGUCUUGAAAGACAAAACGAGGAUUUCAAAUACAACCACCUCGCUAACCAUAGGGAUAAGAGCCUGAGUGCAAUGCUCUCCGUGCUCAUCACCGAUUUUUUACCAGAAAAGUACUCAAUAAAACCACAUGUGCAACUAACGCCGGGGGACAGCAAAAGUUAUGUACACUCUGCCCAUGCUAAAAUGCUUAACCUCUUGUCGUUUUCGUCUCCGUGCAGGUACAUGGAGAAAAAUGUCAGAUGUCACAGAAUGUACAGAACAUACAACAAAGAGUUACCGGAAUUCCUCGUCAACAGGCCAAGAUAUUUUGUGGAGCACUGCAAAGAAAAAAUCAGUCUUGCAAUGGAUAUAAACAAGAGCAGCAUCAAGCCAUCAGACACUGGAGGUGUAUUUGAAGUUAAAAGUGAAUCGUCAAGUAGGCAGUGGUACCGGCUGCAGUUUGGGGACAAAGAGGGAACAUCACCCUCGUGCGAAUGUGAGGCAUGGCAGCGAAGGCGCUUGCCUUGCAAGCACUUCUUUGCUAUUUUUAAGCACUUCCCAGAGUGCAAUUGGGAGAAACUGCCGCCAAACUAUCGGAAUUCGCCAUACCUAACCCUAGACUACGAUCUACUCAAUGGCGGCAGUCCUUUGCCUUCCCCAUCCAGUGUCUUACCCGAAGCCAAAGGUGAAAGUCCACAGCUGGAUGAGCUACUGCCUGAAAAACCUUGGCUGUGUUCAAAAGAAAACGUAUCCCCUAUUCCUGAAACCAAUAUCCCAAUAGGGUCCACUCAUCACCAAAAGAAAAGUGAAGGGAAAAAAUGCCGCAUACUCUUGGAUGAAAUUCGCCAACUCACAUUCGUAGUUCAAGAUCAACAAGCGUUGGCAAAUCUUCAUAGGGAGCUAUCGAGUCUUCGUGACGAAAUACAACAGUUCAAAACAUCAGAAGACGGACUCGUCAUUGAAGGUGGUGAGAGCAGUCCUUUCAUGAGAAAAAGCACAAAAAUGGACAACAAGGCACGCAGCUCUAGUGAAAACCGAUGUAAAACUUCCCUACCUAAAAGGACACCAAAAAACAGAUACACUGCGCGGGUGGGUGUGAAGGCUGCUAUGAACCGAAAGACAUGCUUUGUCCACGUACCUGUGAAAUCAACAACCAAAUAUCGAACGGCAUUUUAUAAAGAAACAAAACCUGCAAUCUUCCCUGAGCAGACAAGCAGUACAGAAAAAGAAGAGGAAACCAGUAAUGAAGAAGAGAAAGUAAAAGCUGUGAAUGCUCGCAAAUCCGAUGAAACACCAACCACAUCCAAAGGAAGUGAAAAUUGUGAAAGAGAAACUGACGCGUAUGGCAAGCGGGAAUGUGAUUUUGGAAAGCUAAAAGAAAAUAGCGGUAAAGAAGACGAAAUGGAAGGUUCAUCUUCACCCAGAUUAUACAACAAAAACGAAACGAAAAAUGAAAAGAAGGAAACUGUGAAGAAACCUCCUCCUGCAACAGUAGCGAUUGACGACGACAGUUCGUCGCCAAAAAUUUGGUUAACUUUACCAAAUGUUUUCCCGGACGAUCCGGAAUCGCGACUCACAAUCCUGGAAGCCACUAAAAACAACAUCUUGGACAAAACUGGAUGGCUAUAUGACACAGAAAUCAAUGCUGGCCAAAUCCUUCUCAAGAAACAAUUUCCCCUGAUUGACGGCCUUCGUGAUCCUGCCAUAAGAGGUCAUUUGGUUGAUCCAGCAACAUCUGAGUUUGUGCAA